AUGGAUACUAAUGAUUCUUCUAGUUGGUCUUCUACUUUAUUAUCUGUUAUAUAUGGAAUCAAUACCAAGCAAUCUACUGUAACUAAGACCACUCCUUAUGCAUUAGUUUUUGAACAAACACCACUUAGUGAAUCUGAUUUGUGGAAGUCAGUAUAUGGUAAUGAAAUUGAUGACCUAAUUGAUCUAGUUAGUGAAUUAUCUGUUGAUGCUUGUUCUCAUUCAUUAAUUAGUACACCAUCAAGAAUUAAAUCAACAACAGGUAUAACAACAACACCAACAAAACAUUUUGCAAUUUGUACAGUUGCUACAGAUCAUUACCUGGCAACUGCAAAUAAGAAAAUAAAAUUACAUUAA